UUCUUUCUUUGACCAACUUUAGAAAAGAAACUUUUACAGAGCUUUUCUUCUUUCUUUCAUUGAACACAUUCCACAAUACUUAAAAGAAUCUCACUUCUUCUUCUCUUUAUUUGUUCGGAAGUAUCAGAUUUUGUUCUGAUUAUCGUGAUUAGGGUUAUCGGGAGAUAUGAUGAAAGCAUCGUUAGGGAGGUUAAGGAGAUUCGCAUUGCCCAAGGUCGAUGAUGCGGUUAAUAUCGAAGAGAUUUUUCCUACUGAACAGAUUGAUGGGCUUGCUCGAGCCUCCAAGGAUAUGCAAGAAAUGAGAGAAUAUUAUGAUAGAUUACUCUCUGUUGCUGCUGCCACCGCCAAUAGCGCUUACGAGUUCUCUGAAUCAUUAGGGGAGAUGGGUUCAUGCUUGGAGCAAAUCUCUCCGCAUAAUGAUGAAGAAAGUGGUAGAAUUUUACUCAAGUUGGGUCAAGUUCAGUUUGAGCUUCAAAAACUCGUUGACACUUAUCGUUCUCAAAUAUUCAAGACUAUUACACGACCGUCAGAAUCACUUCUUAGUGACCUUAGAACCGUGGAGGAUAUGAAGCAACAAUGUGAAGAAAAGAGAGACGUCGUUAAGAACAUGAUGAUGGAGCAUGUGAAAGGCAGUAAAGGGGAGAAACUUAUGCGCCGACAGUUGGAGACUGCUCGUGAUGAGCUACAAGACGAGGCCACUUUGUGCAUUUUCCGUUUGAAAUCUCUCAAGGAAGGACAAGCUCGGAGUCUCCUCACACAAGCAGCCCGCCACCACACUGCCCAGAUGCAUCUGUUCUUGGUUGGUCUGAAAUCGCUUGAGGCAGUAGAGCAACAAGUGAGAGUUGCUGCAGAGAGACAACACAUCGACUGUGAGCUCUCUGAAAACGAGAACGAAACGGAAUGUAGUGAGGAUGACCGACAUUUUAACAGAGAUGGAGAACUCAGUUUUGAUUACAUAACAAGUGAGCAAAAAGUAGAAGCUCUAUCUACACCACAAGGAUCGUUGAAGAUUGAUGACACAGAUCUCUCGUUUCGACGCCCUUCCACAGUAAAUGCAGAUCAUAGAGAAGAGAAUCGGAUAUCAUACCAAGAUCGCAGAAGGAGCAGCCAUUCAGCACCGUUGUUCCCACAAAAGAAGUCUGAUUUAGCGGAAAAGCCGUCUGCAAAUGCUUACGUAUUACCAACUCCGGUCGGUUCAAAGUCCUCAUCAAUCUCCACGCAAGCAAACCACAGUCCACACUUAUGGCAUUCGUCUCCGCUUGAACCUAUAAAAGCCGUUCAUAAAGAUGUGGAAAGCAACCUCUAUUCCCGUCUUCCAAGGAUGUCUCCUACUGCUUCACCUCCUCUCGCUUCCUCACCACGAAUCAACGAACUCCAUGAGCUUCCAAGACCACCGGGUCAAUUUGCCCCUCCACGACGCUCUAAAUCCCCUGGUCUGACUGGUCACUCAGCUCCUGUUAGCGCUUGGAGUCAAGAAAGAAGCAGUGUAGUUGUGUCCAAGAACAUUGUAGCAUCACCACUUCCGGUUCCACCUUUGGUUGUACCAAGAAGCUACUCUAUACCUUCAAGAAACCAGAGAGGCAUGGGUCAACAACCCUUGUCUGAUUCGAACCAAAACAGAGUAGUGUCUCCACCGCCUCUGCCUCUAACUCCAGCGUCUCAGAUCUCAGAUCGCUGUCUCGGUCUCGGGUCGGGCAAGCUGCUCAGAGCGGUCAAAUUAGAGGUAACGAACACUGUUUCUGUAAUCUUGGAACUGCGAAUUCUUCAUCCAUGAUUUUAAGACAUGAGUUGUUGUUUAUAUCAAACGCAGUGAUUGGACGAUGAAGCUUUGUAGUAGCUAGUGUGGCGUUUGAUGAAUACGUUGGUUGUAUAAAGACAAAGACUCUUAAGUAAAUAUGGAAGCCAGAUGUUUUGUAGGUUUUUAGUUUCUUAAUCUCCUAAUUUGUAACACUAUACUGUUUUUUUUUGUUUCCCUUCUAUAACUUUUUGUCACUUUGAAAAGAAUUAGUUGUUGUUUUCUGAAACUGGGUUAAUUUAGGAAAUGUAGCCUUACAAAAUCCAUAAAUAUUAUUUUGGGUUUAAAGCCAAUAGUGAAUAAUAUUGACGA